CCAUAACUUCCGGCGGAAGAAGAAGCCGGUUCCGGGUUUUGGCCGACGGCAGGCGAGAAGUAUGUGAUAAGGACUCUCUGAAAGUUUGCUGAUUUGAGAAGGCCCACUUCUUGUUCAGUGGAUGAUGGCAUUUGAGCAGAUCCCAAAAAAGGAUUGGUACAGCAUUCUGGGGGCAGACCCAUCUGCCAGUGUGUCAGACCUAAAACAAAAGUAUCAAAAACUCAUAUUAAUGUAUCAUCCAGAUAAACAAAGUGCAGAUGUGCCAGCAGGAACAGUGGAGCAAUGUAUACAGAAGUUCAUCGAAAUUGAUCAGGCAUGGAAAAUUCUGGGGAAUGAAGAGACAAAAAAAGAGUAUGACCUGCAGCGGCAUGAAGAUGAUCUAAGAAAUGUGGGACCAGUAGAUGCUCAAGUAUAUCUUGAAGAAAUGUGUUGGAACGAAGAUGAUGACUCUUUUUCUCUGAGUUGCCGGUGUGGUGGAAAAUACAGAGUUUCCAAGGAUGAAGCGGAAGAAGUUACCCUGAUUUCUUGUGAUACAUGUUCAUUAAUUAUAGAACUCCUUCAUUAUGGCUGAAAUUGUUCACUAAAUGAUCCUUUAACUCUGUAUUCAGACAUGUUGAAGAGAGCCCAUUCAAGUAAAUGUAUAAAGCUAAUAAAAAGGAGGAGGAUUCUUUUUUUUGGGGUCAGCUUUUAUUUGCAGAGAAAGUGUAAGACUGUCAAGCAAGGGCUACCCCAGAUUAACAGAAAAUUCGUUUAGUUAUUUAUAUGUAUUUAUACUUUCUAUUUAUAGAUCACCCCCCCCCCAAAAAAAAUGACUUGAAUUAUUAAGUUCUAUUUUGUGAAUUCCUAUCUGAGAACUUUGUUAUUUGGUCCAUUUUUUCCUUGGUGUAAAAUAAGAAUUUUCCUUUUCUUUAAGUAUGUCUCUUCUUAUAAUGGGUCACAGUAUUAUCAUGUUCCUUUAUAGUUACUGGGUUUCUGAAAUAACAUGCCAUUUCUAGCUGCUAAAGGUAUAGGCCUAUUGUGCAAGUAUCUCAAAGUCUCAAGUCAUUAAGAUUAAACUAUAAUCUUUGUAAAUAACAUGUGAACCUAGUACUCCCAUAAUGAGGGCUGGAUAUGGAUAUUCACGAAGUUAUUUCAAAGUUGAUAAAGAAGGUGAAAUGACAACUGUAGAAAAGAUAGCUUUUGGAGUAAAGACUUGACUCCAGUCCUGGCAACUCUAUUUCCAGAUUCUUCGUGUGGCUACGUUAAAGGGAAUAAAGUUUAAACACUGCCAUCUUCAACUUUAAAUGUAACUUAGGAAUGGUAGCUCUAAAAAAAAUAAUCUGAAACUGACGCAUUACUUCCUUUUUUAUUUCAAAGUACUAAGUAUUAAUUCCUGUAUUUAUGAGUAAGGAACCAUUGCAUUGCUGGUAUGAACAAAUGGACUUUUAUAAUGUUAUUAUUGAUUAUAAUGGACUCUAAAGAUUUUAUUUUUCUCUAUCUUUGAUAUCCUAUAUACAGUAUAAGUCAGGACUCAUUUGAAAAGAUUGAGGUAUCCUUUAUAGGAUCACUGGAACUUUAAUUU